AUGGCUACCAAUACAUCAGAAAACGAUGGUCAAAACACUCAGACCAAGUCGAAGUUGGAUACCCUAAGCCGUGAGGAUCUCAUCCGUUUCGUGAAGCGCCAACUGGAGCAUGUGAACUUAUCUAAAUUGGAGAUCAAGAAAUUGAAGCACUCCCUGGAAGAGAAAGAUUCUACCAUAAGCGAACUUCUCGCAGAAAACACCCAGCUUAAGUCAUCGGAACAAGAAAGGAGUGAAUGUCAGGAUGCUACGCCUGUGGAGAAUGGCACUACAUCUAGCGCUGAUAUGGAGCGUCUUCUUGAACUCAACGCUCAGCUCACUAAUGAUGUUGCGGUGUUGAAAAAGGAGCGUCUUCGUCAUGAAGAAGACCUGGCUGCUGUUCUCCAAACAAAUAACCAUCUUCGAUCACAGCUUGACGAUGCCGUUCAAGAAGCCGCAGCCCUUCGGGAACAGCAGACUGCUACGGACGUCUUCUCGCUUGAGCUUAAGGACUACGAAAAGAAGAUGGUGCAACUGAACAAGUCACUCAAAGACGCCGAGACGGCUCUCGAAGCAGUCAAGCUUGAAAAAGAAGAGCUUGCCCAGCAACUCAGCACCCAAAAAGGAUCAAGUGAUCGCGUAAAUACAGAGUGCUCCGUGCUCCAGCGACAGCUACAAGAAAUUAGGAACGAAUUAAACGAAGAAAAGUCUCGUAAUCGUGAGCUGUCAACUGCAAUCGAUCGGCUUCAAGAUAAUUUCAAUGUGUUGGCAACGGCCAGGAACGACGAGCGGGUUUCAUUGGAAGCGAAAAUUGCCCAUAAUGAAGAACUAACCAGUUUCUUACAACGAACUAAUGAGCAGAAAUCAGUGGAGAUCAGUGAUCUCCUGGAGGAAAAUCAAGUUCUCAAGGCGCGCUGUAGUAAUCUAGAAGCUGAUUAUGAGGCCUACAAGUCACGCGCCCGUUAUGUGUUGGAACAACAGUCCAAAACUGUGGAAAGUGACACUGCAGGCAUGCAAGCCAAUUCAGAUGAAGUGAAGGAAGCGCUUGCUGGUCUUAAUUGUGAACUGGAGGAGUUGCAGUAG